GGGUUCUCUCCCUGGUGCCAGAAGAGGCGUGGGGCUUGUGGAGGGCAGGGCUCCCCUAGCCUGCCCAGUGUGACCCUGACCUCUCCCCCUCCCCCACCCCAGCCGGCGGAGGUGAACGCGCUGGUGGCCAAGGACCGUAGCAGCAUGUUCGUCAACGGGCUGACGCUCGGGGGCCAAAAGUGCUCGGUGAUUCGGGACAGUCUGCACGUGGAAGGGGAGUUCACCAUGGACCUGAGGACCAAGAGCACGGGCGGGACCCCCACCUACAACAUUGCAGUCUGCAUGACCAACAAGACGAUAGUGCUGGUCAUGGGCAAAGAGGGCAUUCACGGGGGCUGCGUGAACAAGAAAUGCUUCGAGAUGGCCAAUCACUUGAGACGCUCGCAGUAUUGACGCCGGCCUGGCACUCCACUGCGGUACUACUGAUGCCCACGCUGGCUGGGACCACCCGGGCCCCCGCCCCCCUGCAGGGGUGCGCCCUGCCCCGGGGCCUGGAUCAGCCCCCCAUUCCUCGCUUUUGGAUCUCCACUCUGGCCCACCCCGGCUCUCCGCCACUUUUUCUAUCACAAAAAUCCUCUUCGUUGCUGCCAAAUUUUUUCUGGUUGUUUUAAAAACAAAAA